AUGUCCGACACAAUCAAGUAUCUCCUGAGCUUGAAAGCCGUCCGAGAAAGAGCGCAAAUCGUCUUCCAGAAUGCGGAGCAAGGCAAGCUCAACCAUUUCGACUACCAUCCAGAAAAGCUCGACGCAACCGCAGAGUAUGUGAUGAAUAUCAUCGAGAGAGACUUCGGACCCGACAAAUACGAUCGCAUCCCCCCCCACGGUCGCUGGCAGCAUUUCGACGUCGGCGGUGUACCUAGGAUCGCCGAGUUGAUCGAGCGAUGGGACUCACAGGGAUACGAUGGUGCAGAGAAAGUGCGAAGUCUAGUUGAUCUGUUCUUUGUGUCGGUUCUCUUGGACGCCGGAGCUGGAGAUCACUGGCGCUUCCGCGAGGAGAAAUCUGGACAGGUAUAUAACAGAAGCGAGGGGAUUGCUGUUGCGUCACUGUAUAUGUUCUUGGACGGGACUUUUGCAAACAAGGAUUCUCCCCGCAAGGAUGUGGUGCAUGGCGAGGCAUUGCAGAAUAUCACUCCGGAAGAACUGUCUCGCGGAUUCCAGGUCCACGGAGACAACCCCUUGGUUGGAGUAAACGCGAGGACCGAGAUCAUUAAACAACUGGGAGCAUCCCUGAGAAAACUGUCAGAUAUCUAUGGUCCGGAGGGCCGCCCAGGCGGACUUGUUGACUACCUGCAGUCUCAAGGCAAAGAAAAUAUCGACUACACGCAGCUCUGGGACGCCCUUCAAACCACCUUGAUCCCAAUCUGGCCAUCCGACCGAACCCGCAUUGAGGGAAACCCUAUUGGAGACGCAUGGCCUUUGGAGGUACUCUCACACAACCCCUGCAAGUCCAACACGGGCAACAUCCAGCCAUUCCACAAACUCACUCAAUGGCUGGCCUACUCGCUAAUGGUCCCGUUCCAACGCCUCCUGUCUGUGAAAUGGACGAAUGCCGAUCUUGGCACAGGUCUACCGGAAUACAGAAAUGGAGGGUUGUUUGUGGAUAUGGGUGUUCUUACAUUGAAACCUGAUACGUUGCAGCGAGGGUUGAAGACCUCCGGGACUAGUCUGCCUUGUUACCGGGUUAUGGACGAUGAGAUUGUUGAGUGGCGCGCAAUGACGGUAGCUCUGCUUGAUGAGUUACACAGACGGAUCUUAUCCAGUGGUCGGUUCGGUGAGACGAAGUUAACUCUGCCACAGAUGCUGGAGGCAGGGUCUUGGAAAGCCGGAAGGGAGUUGGCCGCUGCGAACAGGCCGGAGAGUCGCUGUAGUCCGAUUCUGAACUCGGGAGAUGGUACAUUGUUUUGA